CUUGAGUAUUGUCUAAUGGGGUAUGGUGAUUGACAUUCAGAGGAUUAAUAAUGUAUCACCACUUACUCUGCCCUCUUCCUACCAACUAAGCCUGCCAUACAGAUCUUGGGUUGUCUUGUUCAUUCUCUUCAGGAAAAGGGACCAGUGGACCAGGUGGGAAGAGUGACCUGAAUCCUAGAUUUUACUGCAAGCCACUUGCUGGAACGCUGUAGGCAAAUUCCUAAUAGAAAUGUUUUAAUUUUCAAGGCCUAGCCUGGAACUUGAUGUAGACCAGGCUGGCUUCUGCUUCCCCAGUGCUGGGAUUAAAUAGUGUGACACCACAUCCAGCUGUCUAAGACUUGGUCUGCCUAGGUUGCCUAAGCUAGCUUCAAACUCUUGAACCUAUCUCACGCCCUGAAUAACCUGAAUUACAAGCCUCAGUUUCUCCUUGAGGCAAAGAAUGCAGUAUAACAUUUGCACCUUUUUCCAUCAUUCUGUAUCUUCGGAGCUUGACAGCUCGAUACCCGACAAACUAAUUGUUUCCGUAUAAAAUACUGCUCUUUAUUUUAUUUUGGCCUUUAAAAGGUACCGCCUUUCCCGCCCCCUAGGCAGAAGGGAGUCUUCGCCCGAGGGCGGCCUGUUCCGGGCGUGAACAUCCUUCCACAAGCUCUCAUUGGCUAUUUCUGGCCGAGCCCCUGUAACCCUGGCAACAGCCCCGUCCUGGAACUGCCAGUCUAGGAUUGGUCGGUAGCUCUCAAUUUCCACAGUGAGCUCCUUUGGUCUCAGUCAUUGUGAAGCUGGCGUGGCGAUUGGCUAGGCUGGACGUCAGUCAGUCGGAGGCGGGCCCAGUGGGAGAAAUGGCUGCUGCGUUGGGCGUGCGUGAACGGUCCCGGUGGUGGAGGCGUGAAACCAGUCGCAGCGGUUAGUGCAUACAGUUUCCACCAGUGGAAGGUGGAUUUCGACUCCGCUGGGCUUGAAAACGAAUCUCAGCCUUCCGCGUCCCCAACCCGGGCUCAGGCCCUUCUGAAACAGUACCUAAAACUACAGUCUAGCUUCAAGCAUCAAAUUACGUGGCAUUUGAGAAACUUACUGCUUCCCUGUCAGCGAUCCUGCAGAGGAAGGAUCCUUGCCUGGGCUUUAGACACUUCCCAGCACUCCAUGGCCCUCACAAUGCUGAAUGGUCUACUUAUUAAGGACUCCAGCCCACCCAUGCUGCACCAGAUUAGCAAGACUCCUCAGCUAGAUGCCUUCAACUACCAAAGCUGCUUCAUGCAAGACCUCUUUGCUCAUUUCCCUGAUGUCUUAUUUAUACACCGGACCUACAACCCAAGAGGCAAGGUGUUGUACACCUUCCUGGUGGAUGGACCCCGGGUACAGGUCGAGGGUCCUCUUGCCCGAGCAGUAUACUUUGCCAUCCCUACCAAUGAAGAUGCCCGAGGCCUGGCCCAGAUGUUCCAGGUGUUCAAAAAGUUUAACCCAGCAUGGGAGAGAAUCACUACCAUUCUGGUGGACCCCCACUUCCUCCUGCUGCCCACCCUGACCAUGGAGUUCCCCACUGCUGAGGUCUUGCUCUCAGCCUUCCACAUUUGUAAAUUCCUCCAGGGUAAGUUCUAUCAGCUCUCCCUGGAGCAGCCCGUACAAAGUGUGCUCCUGUCCUCCCUGCAGAGCACAAUGUGCUCAGCCACAGCCGGCAACCUGCGGAAGCUGUACACACUCCUGAAUACCUGCAUCCCCCCCAGCAGGCUGCCUGAGCUCCACUCACACUGGCUGCUCAAUGACCGCAUCUGGCUGGCCCACCGCUGGAGAAGCCGAGCCCAGAGCAACCGAUACUUCCAGAGUCUGGAGGUCACAGCCCACAUCCUCAGUCAGUUUUUUGGCACCACCCCAUUUGAGAAACAAGGCAUGGCCUCUGUGUUCCGAUACAUGCAACAGAACCCUUCAGACAAAGCAAACCUCAGCCUGGUGGAGAGUCCCCAGGACAGUCAGCCUCCUUCAGAUGCCAGCCCUGAAAAUCCCAACACAGAGCAGUUGGUAGAAGCUCGUAUCCAGCACUCCCUCAAUGCCAUCUGCACAGGGCCAGCUGCCCAACUCUGCCUAGGUGAGCUCGCCGUAGUCCAGAAGUCCAUGCAUCUCAUUGGCUCUGGCUCAGAAAAAAUGAACAUACAGAUUCUGGAGGACACGCACAACGUCCAGCCCCAGUCUCCUGCCAGCUGCAGCUGCUACUUUAACCAAGCCUUCCACCUGCCCUGCCGCCACAUCCUCGCCAUGCUCAGUGCCCGCCAGCAGGUGCUCCAGCCUGACAUGCUGCAGACUCAGUGGACCUCAGGCUGUGCCACCAGUCUAGACAGUAUCCUAGGCAGCAAGUGGAGUGCCAGCCUGGAUAAGCACCUGGCUGUGACCCUCCUCACGGAGGAGGUCGGUCGGCUCUUAGAGCACUGCAGCAAGGAGGAGUUUGAGCGCCGCUAUAGCACCCUUCGGGAACUUGCCGACAGCUGGAUCGGCCCUUAUGAGCAGGUACAGCUCUAAUCACACAUGGGCAUAGCCAGUUCUGGGGAUUGAACCCAGGGUAGUACACGUGUUAGGCAGGAACUCUUCUACUGCCUUUUUAUUUCUUAUUUCGAGAUAGCCUCUCACUAGGUUGCCCAGGCUACUCUUGGACUCACACUGUAGACAGGCGGGCUUUGAACUUGUGAGCCUCCUAACAAGCCUGCUGAGUAAGUGGGAUUAUAAGCCUGUGUCAACAGGCCCAACUUGUGAUUGUAUGUGUGCCCUGACGUGUUCAUGUACAUAGGAUCAUUCACUUCCGCCCCUCUACACACACUCUGCUUCCUUCCGGAAGCCUGCUCUGCUCCAGCCUCUUGUCUAGAUUGUGUCAUGCUCCACAGAAAUCAGAAAAUCUUUCCUGUUAAGGGUUCAGUAGUAAAUAUCAUAGGCUUUGACGGCCAAAUACAGUCACUGUUGUGCAUUCUAGAUUCAGUUUUGACAACUUUUUCAUAAGUAAGAAUGAUUUGUAACUUAAGAAGUUUCUGGAAACAGCUGGUUCCUUAAGGGAAAUAAUGGGUGGUAAGGCUGAAGGUUCUGUGUUGGUAACUCCUGCUCAGUCAUGAUGGGACUCACUUGGCUCUGGCCCUGGAACUCUCCAUGAAGGAAGAGGCUACUUUGGUGGGGCUGCCAAAGUUCCCAGUUCUCCUGUCCCACCCUGGGAUCAAUAAAGUGAAUGUUGUCUCCCCGUG